ACAAACACAACACAAACUAGCGAAAAUCAAAAACAACAUAGUAAAAAAAUAUCAUAGAGUUUAGUUCGACCAUGGCUAAUAACGAACGUGACAUGUUCUCAGCUGAAAUUGUGAACCGUGGAAUUGAAUCAACAGGACCAAACGCAGGAUCAUUAACCUUCUCAGUUAGAGUAAGAAAACGUUUGCCAGAUUUUCUACAAUCAGUGAACCUUAAGUAUGUGAAAUUGGGUUACCAUUAUCUAAUAAACCAUGGUGUUUAUUUGUUCACAAUACCAAUACUUGUUGUGGUGUUUAGUGCUGAAGUUGGUAGUCUUAGUAGAAAAGAUCUUUGGAAGAAACUUUGGGAAGAUGCAACUUAUGAUCUUGCUUCUGUUCUUUCUUCAAUUGCUCUUCUUCUUUUCACUCUCACUCUUUACUUCAUGUCAAGGCCUCGUCCUAUUUAUCUCAUUGAUUUUGCUUGUUAUCAACCUCAUCAUGAACUCAAGGUAUCAAGGGAGCAAUUCAUAGAGCUAGCAAGAAAAUCAGGAAAAUUCGAUGAAGAAAGUUUGAAUUUCCAAAAGAGAAUAGUAAUGUCAUCUGGCAUAGGUGAUGAAACAUACAUUCCAAAGUCAUUAAUUUCAUCAACAGAAAACACAGCAACAAUGAAAGAAGGUAGAGCAGAGGCAUCAAUGGUUAUGUUUGGAGCACUUGAUGAACUUUUUGAGAAAACAGGAAUUCGUCCAAAAGAUGUUGGUGUUCUUGUUGUAAAUUGUAGCAUCUUCAAUCCAACACCAUCAUUGUCAGCAAUGAUUAUUAAUCAUUAUAAGAUGAGAGGAAAUAUUUUGAGUUAUAAUCUUGGUGGUAUGGGUUGUAGUGCUGGAAUUAUUUCUGUUGAUUUAGCUAGAGAUAUUCUUCAAGCUAAUCCUGGUAAUUAUGCUGUUGUUGUUAGUACUGAAGCUGUUGGAUUUAAUUGGUAUCAAGGAAAACAAAGAUCAAUGCUUAUUCCAAAUUGUUUCUUUCGUAUGGGUUGUUCUGCUGUUUUGUUGUCUAAUCGUCGUCGUGAUUAUACUCGUGCUAAAUAUCGUCUUGAACACAUUGUUCGCACUCAUAAAGGUGCCGAUGAUCGCAGCUUCAGGUGUGUGUACCAAGAAGAAGAUGAACAAAAAUUCAAGGGACUAAAAAUAAGCAAAGACUUAAUUGAAAUUGGUGGUGAAGCUCUAAAAACCAACAUAACAACAUUAGGACCUUUGGUGCUACCAUUUUCUGAGCAAAUUCUGUUUUUCACAACAUUAGUUUGGAGACACUUAUUUGGUGGCAAAAAAUCUGAUGGAAAUUCAACUUCUUCAUCAAAAAAGCCAUACAUUCCUAACUACAAACUAGCUUUUGAGCAUUUCUGUGUGCAUGCUGCUAGCAAACAAAUUCUUGAUGAGCUUCAAAAGAACCUUGAAUUGAGUGACAAGAACAUGGAAGCUUCUAGGAUGACAUUGCACCGUUUUGGUAACACUUCUAGUAGUAGCAUUUGGUAUGAACUUGCUUAUAUGGAAGCAAAGGAAAAAGUUAAAAGAGGAGACCGUGUUUGGCAACUUGCUUUUGGUUCUGGUUUUAAGUGUAACAGUGCUGUUUGGCGUUCUAUGCGCCGCGUCACUAAACCCUCUUCUAGGAACCCUUGGCUCGAUUGUGUUAACAACUAUCCUGUUUCUCUCAAUUAAAAGUAAUAUUAUUAUCGAUCUAUCAGUGAAAUGAAAUUAAGUGUAUGUUUAGAUUGACAGUGAAUCUGUAGAAGCACAAUGUAUUUCUUAAUGAUUUUGAUAGAAGUUACAGUGAUUUCAACAAAUUCACUGCGAUUCUAAAUAUGUCCUAAGACCUAUGUUAGGAUGCAAUAAUGGUAGUUUUAGCUAAGUUGGUCUUUAAAUUUUAAGACUAGUUUUUACUUUGUUAUUUAAAUUCCUGGCUUGUGAUAAUGUAUACUGUACACUGAGGCAUAUAACAUGGAGCCUUUGUAUCUCAGUCUA